AAAAAUGAAAGGUAUUGUUGUUCUCAUUUUAACAUCCUGUAUUAUUUUCGUAAUACACAGAAUGUAUUAUAUGAUUUAUCUCAUUUCUUAUUUCUCCUUCUUUCAUUCUCUCUGUCACUCGAUACAUCGAUGUGUAUCUCGCGCCUUUAUUAUAGCGCGCGACGUAAUAUCGCGGCGCGCUCGUUACGUUACUCCUCCGUUGUUCUCUACCUCCCAUUUAGGCGUAUCCACAAAGCUGCCUCCUUCGACAUGUGCACCGAAGUAAUAUCCAUCCCGGAGAUUUUUAUCUGUUGGUAUAUUGCAGAAACCGCUAAUAAAUUAUGCCCGCGCGACGCGUUUAAACGUACGGCACCGCGGCGAAAUGCGCGAUACUUCGCCUUUCACCUUGCUACGAUAAUGCAUUCUGUCGUGCAUUGUGGCUCGUGUUGGGAUAACCGUCGUCGUAUUAUCGUUAUACCAUACCCCGAGCAACAAUUACACGGAAACGGCCGUUCCGUCGAAAAUCGGCCGCUGAAGACCGCCGCGAUUUCCUGCGAUUAAUGAAUAACGAGUAAAAGUCGCGCGAAACUACGUUGAGUUCUCAUGUCGCUAAAGAAGCGCUCGUAAUAUCUUGCAAGUUAGAAAAAUAUAUCGAUAAAGAAUCAGAUUCAACUUUCAUAAAUUUUUCUCGCCAGACACAAAUCGCGCGGCGUGGUCUAAAAAAAUUAUUUAUCGACGUUUGAGACUCAGGUGUAAAAGUAUUAAACUUCAAUAAGGCUGAAGGAGAGAAAGAUAUUAAGGUAAAGAAAUUAAGGUCGUCUCUUUUUGUAAAUUGGACGGAGUGUAGGAAACGAUAUUAGAAAGUGUCUUGGCUCUCAUUCAAGAUUUUCAGCAGAACUGUGACUCGGUUCGGCGAUUUACACAAAUAUCCGUGCGUAAAUCACUAUUAAAAAAAGUCAUGAAAAAGAUUCUCUUACAAUAGAAGGGAUUGCAAUGCAGAAAUGGAAAGUUCAUGUCCACCAUUGAUUUUCAGAAACGGUCCGAUCUUGGGACAAGCUCUCGCAGCUGAUACCAACGAAUUCGGUCUACGAGAAGCAAGACCGAAAUGCAUCGCCGUCCGGCAACGAGGCCGAUGCAUCGCUGGCGCAUUCGCUGGCGAAGAACAAUGUGAUGGACACGUCGAAAUCGAAGGGGGAGGCGAUCACGAGGAGGAGAAGGUGGAGGAGGAGGAGGAGGAGGAGGAACCUAAACUGACGUACGACGAGGAAUACGAAGAUGAAGAUAAGCACAAAAAGGAAGAGGUUGAGGAGGAGGAAGAGGUGGAGGUGGAGAAGAAAGAUCCCACCGAUACCGAGAAUGGCGCAAUGAAGAAAGAGAGAUCUCCGCAAGAAACUAGCAGCGUGUCGAAUACCGAAGGGGGAGACAGGGAUGGGGAUUACCUCGAAGAUCUCCCGACGAAUCAGGACGACAACACGUAUUAUUAUUACGACGAGUACGAAAACGGAAAUCAUACACGAUACGAUUCCGCAGACGAACAUCUCGACUACGUAGACACGGAAUCUGAAGAGGAGGACGUUACGCCGGGGAAUUCGGCAGAAUUGGAGCCCGACAUUUUGGAGAAGAGAGACGAAGACACCUCGCACCGCUCAACUUCCAACUCGUCGCGGAUUGUCAAGGAGAAAGUCGGCAGUCCGAUAUCAUCAAUGGACCUGGAACAAGGCUCGUCUAUGGAGGGCAGCGACAAAAUGUUCUCCAUGUUCAGCGCGUCCGAGGAACAGGAGUUUGAGGAGAAGAAGGAAUCCGAAGAAAACGAGGAAUACGAGGAAAAAGAGGAACUCGAGGAAAAGGAGGAACCCGAAGAGAAAGAGGAAAAGGAGAAACCGGAGAACGUCUCCUCCGAGACCAGUUCCAUCCUGAUAGGUGGCGCCGUGGUGUCCGUUGUGACCACGAAGAGCGUGGUGAACGGCACGAUAUCGGUGCCGACGACGGCAUCGCCGGCUACCACGAAGCAAGUCGCGCCUCCGCCGCCGUCGUCGUCACCAUCGUCAUCAUCGUCGUCAGUAGCCGAGAUAACUGAGGGACACCCGGAAGUGACCACGGAAGACUCCGCGAGGAUCCUGGCCUCCGUGCAGACUAGUCGCAGCAUCUCGGGCGCGCGCUUCCUGCCGUUUCCGGUGAUCGAUCGCGUGGAACAGGUGGAGGCGCACGGCGGCUCGCUCGAGGGCAAGAAAACGUCGCAAUCACCGUCCGAAUCUACGGAGAGCAUCAUCGACAAGCUCGACUGGGCACAGUCCAAGUUAUCCAGCGAUCUCCUGCCGGCCGCCAUCCUCGGCACCGGUGGCUUCCGGAACGCCGGCAACACGUUGCAACUAGAUGUGUUAGCUGAACGAGAUCGCACAACGACGUCGACGACGACGACUCGUAAGAGUUUCACUACCACCGCCAAGGUACCGGUUAUCGGCAAGUUUGUGCCGCGACGUUAUAACGACAAAAGAGUGGAGCACACCAGCACGGCGAAGCCGCGAUUUGAGACCACAAUUGACAACCUGGAAGGCUUGCUACCUCGGAAUUAUGUGUCAAGAGGAACUACCCCGAGUGCGGUUACGAAGAUAAACUUUAGAUGGCCGUCUUCGAAACUAACGACAUCCACAGAUUCACCAACACAGACGAAGACACCAUCGACGACAUCACGAACGAAACCUAAUACCAGCAUUGUCGUUCAAGAUAUUAGUGCAUUUUUGCCACCAGGAUAUAAACUGAAGAAAGAAGAUGCGACCGCGACGGAGAGUUCCCUUCUCAGCGAAAUUCUCGCCAAAUCCGAAGUCGACAUUUCGUCUCUUUUGCCAUCUGAUUAUAAUAAAAAAAAAGAAGAAUCCAAACCAAAAGAUAUCACGACGACAACAGCGAAAAGUACAGGCGUUUCUCCAGAAAAGAUCGCCUCAUCUUUCCAGGAUCUUUUCGCGUCCUCCAAAGUCGAUAUCUCUGCCUUGUUGCCUAAAGAUUACGAACAAAAGAAGAAGGAUCUUGUUGUGGAUAGCAAAGCCGUUGGCAAUGUAAGCAGCGAGCAGAACGCGACUGUUACGGAACGAACCGAUUCCGAGUCGCCUACCACGAAGAAAACUGGCGGCUUAAAAAUCGUGUUUCCUAGCAGGCCAGGUGGUCGCAAGCCGAUCCAGAAAAUAACCACCCCGCUCACUCUACUCCGAGAUGGUCCAGGCGCAGUGACGCCAAAGAUACAAAAGGGGUGGCCGACUCGAGCUACUACGGAGUUCACUGGAUGGCCAACGCCAUCCACCACACCGAUCUCCAUUGAGAAACUGCUGGAGGCAGCACGCACGGCUACAGUAGCAUCGACGAACAUAUCGCUUAUUCCCAGCACGAACGAGAUCUCGAGCACGUCGUCAACGUCGACGACGACGACGACACCGAGGCCGACGACUCCCGGUGUGUGCGACGACGAGUGCGAGGUCGCCGGCACGAUACGUAUCAUCGGGAACGCGACGUGGGUGCCGGAAUUGUUCGAUCGAAAUACCCGCGAAUGGCAAGAGCUCGCCAAUCAAGUGGAACGAGAGAUGAACUUUAUAUUCUCGAAAUCCAGUGUUUUGAUGAACUGGUUCAAAAAUAUAAGGAUCGACUCCUUCAGUCAAGGCAGCAUCCUAGUAGAUUACUUUGUCGAGCUAGCCAAUUUACGGCAGAAAGUGAACACGCAGGAGCUAAAAGUAAUUUUCCACGACUCGCUCAGAACAUACAAUGCCAAUCGAUGGAAUGAAACAAGCAUGAAGGGUCCGUUAAAAAUGGGGAUGUUUACUAUCGAUCCCAAGUACACUGAUUUCGUAGUCAUACCUAAAGUGAAUACACCGCAAUAUAUUGAGAAAGAUGAUAGACUGAUACCUCAGUGGGCCAUCGCGGUGAUAGUGAUCGGUGUCGGAGGUUUAUUAUUUAUUAUUGUAUUCGGUGUAUCUGUACUCGUCAACAGACAAAGCGGAUCAAAGUUGAAACCGACUAUGUCCGCGAUUUACGAAGAGGAGGUGGCCAAACACACGUCGAGUCACAGGUCGAGCGACUAUUCCAAGCCGGUACACACAAUAUGGACCGAUCCCGACGUCUCGUGGAACGACAAGUCCUUCGAGUCGACUUCUAACAAGAUUCUGGUUGACAAAUCUUUCCAGGACAACAAGAAGUACAAUUUGUACGACAGUUGGCGAUCCGAGUGGAACGGUUAUUAUUACAAUCCCUCGCAUGCAAGCAGCAAAUACGGCGGUUACGACAGUACCACGAACCUAUCGAGCCGCCAUCAUCCCGAUUACGACACGAAUUUUUAAACGCCAAUAAAUUGCAAUUUCUUCUGUCGAUACCGAAAUUUCACUUAAUUUAUUCGGCGCCGUUAGGUAAGCAGUAGCGAGAGAUGCAUUGGAAUGUUUAGUCUAUUCUUCAACAAUAGGCAUUCAUCUCGAUACCAAUAUAUCUCUAAAACGUUUUCAGUAUAUCAACUCAUUAUUUUGUGUUCUCUCGUACGUCUAGUAAUAUCUUGUGUGUUCAUUAUUUCACGACAUCGAAUUAUCCAUUUAUUCUUUACUGUUUGCCUUGAUAAGGGAUUCAUUUAUUCUAGUCAGAAUAAUAAAUAAUCGAUAACAUACUGUAAUCGGUCGCAUUCCAUCGAAACCGAUUUAUUACCAUGACGCCAAUAUACGCCGUCGCGACGUGUUUGGAAUUAUAGGUGUGAAAAAUAGAAUUAAGCGAAAAGAAAAUUGUGUGAUUACAUCAAAAAUAUUUUCUCGUUUAUAAAUGAGGAUUGCAUCGAAUAGAGACCAAAUCACAUGAUGCUAUAUCACAAUUCUUUUUAUAAUCGAUCAUACACAUCCGUCGGUUUCAUAUAAAAAAUAUAUAAACCUCGUAUAUAUCUCUCUUAUACACAGACUUAAAGUAACUUACUCAACAAGGAAAGUAGAUUUCUAAUCGACGAGAAUGUCGUUUCUUCCUGAGUGUUUACAUGAUGUUUGAGUACACUCACGAGUUUUUGAUACAAGAACGAUUGCCUGUUCGAAAAAUAGGGAAUACGAAUUUAUUCGCCGCCUUAUCUUCCGUCUUGUAAUUAUGUUAAAGAAUGUAAUUAUACUUAACAGAUAUUCGGUUUUAAAACAUCAUUGGCAGUCAAACAAAAAAAAAAA